AUGAGUGAUUUAUCGGAGCCCAUAAAAAAAUGCGUUCUCAUUUUAAAAUCUGCAAAAAGCGAUACAGAAAAAUUCGCUGCCCUAUUCAUGGUGACGAAGUUAGUGAAAAGCAAAGAUUGCAAUUCACAAGCAAAGAAAGCAUUGUUUGAAGCAAUUGGAUUCAAUUUCCUGAAGAAACUCCUUACUAGUAACAAUGUGCAAGAUGACUGUCCACCUUCAGUCUACAAAUCAGUUGCAUUGUCAAUCCUUACUACAUUUUGCAAAGAUCCUGAGUUAUCCACACAUCCUGAAAUGUUAGCAAACAUACCAUUCUUCCUUGACAUUGUACAAACAUCAGACAAUGAUGAUUAUGAUGAUAAUCUUAUAAUUAUCAGUGAAGCAUAUACUUGCCUUCAAUGCAUCGCUGAACAAGAGAGUGGCCAAAAAGCACUUAUAGAAGUAGGUGCUAUUACAAAAAUGUCUGAAAUCUACUCUCAUCAAAGUUUUCAAACAGAUGAGGCACUCAACAUACUUGUAAAGUUGGUUAGUAGAUAUGGACCUGCGGCUUGGGGAAAUGAUCCCAAGCCUUUCCAUGCUUUAGUGAACAAAAUUGCAUUAGAUUUUGCUACAGAUCAAUCAGAUCGAAAAUUUGAACUUGCCACUAUUUUGAGUGCAUUACUUUACAGUUGUAAUAAAGCUACUGUAUUACCUGGAUAUGCAGAUGAGACAUGGCCAAUGAGUAUCUAUAAAGCCCUGUAUGAUAUACUAACAAGUAAAAUUGGAAAAAACCAAAGAGAUCCUGCUUUAAAACUGGCUGCUAAUAUUCUUGACCUCCUUGGAAUUGAAUGGUGCAUAGAAUGUGGUGAUGAAGAGAAUCCAAAGAAAUUUUUUCUAUUAUUAUUGCAACUAUGUGCUAUUGAAGUACGAAUGCAGUUGGAAGACAGGAGCUUCAAGCAAGCGUUUGCUAAUGCAGAUUUAGUUACAGCUUGCUUCAUUGUUCUCGAGUUGUCAAUAAAUUACAUGGCUACAGACCAACUUGAUUUGGAACAAAAGGAAAAACAAUCAGUUUAUACAAGUCUCAAAGGAGCUUUUAAUGCUGUUGUCUCAACUCUUACUAAAGUUUCUAAUGACAAAAAUAGAGAUAAACUUCCUGAUGCUGAAAAAGUUUAUGUUUGUGCUAUGGUGAGAGUACUAGUUGCUUGGAUAGCACAAGAGACUACUGCAAUGAGGGAACAAAUAUAUUCCUUACUUCCUUUCAUAUUUACACUAGCAAAUGAUUCCUUCCAUGCAUAUAGAGCUCGAAAAUUAGCUGAAAAAAAUAAGUCUGAAGGGGAAUCCAUGGACAUGGAUACAUCGCUUAUGGGACAAAUAGACUUACUGCGAUUGAUGUUGCCAGCUCUUUGUCAUUUAGUUGUUGAAGAUAAAGCCAGAGAUAUUGUUUUGAAUUUGAAACAAGAAGAUAUUUUAUAUGAAGCUAUGAAUUUUCACUGGUCUAUUGUACACUACAAAAAACCUCCAGUACCAAAGUCUGAAAGAGGUAAAGUGAAAUCUAAACCAGAACCUGAACUGGAUCCUAAAGUUUUGGAAGACAUGAAAGACUCUAGAGCUGCUAUGGUUAGCCUUUGUAAUAUUUUUAUGAACUUGACAGUACUGGCGCCUAAAGUGGUUGAAAACAGCAUGUUGUUUAACACAUUACUUAAGUUCAUAUUUAACAAUUUACCUGAACUGAAAGAUAUUCCUGAUAAUCUUGUCCUCCAUGGACAUAUGGCCGUAUUAGGACUGUUAUUACUGAAGCAGCAAGCUACUAAAGUUAAAAAGAAUGAUUUUUCAAUUUGUAGAUAUAUCCAAUCAACCAUUCGAUUCCUUUGGGAUGCAUACAUUGUCGAUGAAUCCAACGACCCCACUGCACUAGUGGUAUCCAUGAGCUACAAAGAACAUUGGAAUGAAAUUGCAGAUUUGUGGUUUUUGGGUAUGCAAACAAUGAGUGGUGUUCUCACCAUAGUUCCAUGGAUAUCCGAAUUUGCCAUAGAAAGUGGCUGGGCAGAAGGCAUAUCUGAAAUGCUUGCCAAAGUUAAAGUUGGAACUCUUCCUCCCAAUAUAAAAUCUGCCUUUGAAGAUUUUCUGUGUAGAUUAGUGGACUCAAAUGAAAGUGUAAUACCAGUACUGAAAAAAGGUGGAGCCCUAAAAAUGUGCAGAAGUCACAGAAUGAUGGAUUUGGGGAAGAAAUUGUUUGGUGAUUAA